AUGGUCCUCUCCAGCCUCCUCUUCUUCGCAGCGAGCGCCGCGGCCUCGCCCCUCGCGCAGCGCGGUCUCCCCCCCUCUGGCGUCGCCGUGGCCAACUACGGCCCCGACCUCGCAUACACGGUGCAGCUCAAGGUCGGCACGCCCGCGCAGACGCUCACGUUCCUCGUCGACACGGGCUCGGCCGACCUGUGGGUGCUGAGCUCGGCUGUGGCGUCGUCCACUGGCUCGUCGAGCGCGGGCUUCAACAGCGGCCACUCGAGCUCGUUCGCGCUCAACUCGGCCGCGGGCGCUUUCGACAACGUGUACGCGAGCGGCGAGGCGCAGGGGCAGUGGGCGAACGACGUGGUUUGUCUUGGCAGCCAGUGUGUGCGCCAGGCGUUUGCGCUCGCUAACGCCCGCUCGCCAGGCCUCAUCAACAACCCCAUCGGCUUCAGCUUCGCCGGUACGCCCAUCGCCGGCAUCCUCGGCCUCGACUUUGGCCAGCCGCUCGUCGCGCAGGCCCAGACGCCGCUGUGGCAGCAGCUGGCCGCCAACUGGGCCGACAAGCAGUUCGGCCUGGGGCUGUCGCGCGGCCCGACCGACUACUUUGCCGCGCCGUUCUCCACGCCCGGCAAGACGGGCUCGACGCUGACUCUGGGCGGCACCAACGCCGCCCUGUACACCGGCUCGAUCAACUACAUCCCCGUGCCCGCCACGACCGACUUCUGGCGCGUGCCCCUCGGCGGCGUGACUGUCGGCUCAGCGACCGUCGCGACGGGCGUGUACGGCUCGCCCUUGUGGGCCGCGUUCGACUCUGGCAGCGCCACGAUCGCAGGCUACCCGUCGUCCGUGGCCGAGAUCUACGGUGCGAUUCCGGGCGCGUGGCUCUCGCCCCAGGGGUACGCGGUGCCGUGUGACGGCGUGUCGCCGGGCAGUACCGCCGGCGUGCCCGCCCUCGGCAUCAGCUUCCAGCUCGGCGGACAGAGCUAUGCGCUCGCCGACGCCGACGCGAUCCAGUUCGCCGUCCCGAGCGCGUUCUUCGCGGGCCAGGGCGUCACCCCGCCUGGCAGCGCCAACCAGUGGUGCAUCGGCUCCAUCCAGCCAUACUCGCCCUGGCCGGCAACCCUCCCGCCCGCGUUCAUCCUCGGCACGCCGUUCCUCAAGAACUGGUACUCGGCGUACCGCUCCAGACCGCCCGCGAUCGGCCUCGCCAAGUCGCGCUAA